CACUUCGUCCGUCGACGUCUGCGUUUCGCUUUCGCGCAGGCGCUAAAACGCCAUUUCCGGGUCCGACAUGUAAUACAAAUACGCUGACCUCCUCGAUCGUCGAUAGAACAUACGAAACCAAUGAUUCCCAUAUGUCCUGUUGUAUCCUUCACCUAUGUGCCCAGCCGGCUUGGUGAAGAUGCCAAAAUGGCUACCGGCAAUUACUUUGGAUUCACUCAUGGCGCUGCCGCACAGUAUAGUCAGCAGCCAGCUGCCGGGGUUGCAUACACCCAUCCCACCACAGUGGCCAGUUAUACAGUUCAUCAAGCACCUGUGGCAGCUCACACUGUGGCAGCGGCCUAUGCUCCCACAGCGGCCACCGUAGCCGUUGCUCGGCCCGCGCCCGUCGCAGUGGCUGCUGCUGCUACUGCUGCAGCAUAUGGGGGGUACCAGCCUGACUAUGGCUAUACCCAGCGGCAGCCUGAAGUCCCUCCACCACCACCACCGGUCACCUCACAGAACUACCAGGACUCCUACUCCUAUGUCCGGUCCACAGCUUCUGGUGUAGGAUAUGACAGCAAGCAGUACUACCAGCAGCCAACUGCCACUGCAGUGGUUGCGGCUGCUGCUCAGCCGCAACCUACUGUCGCCGAUUCCUACUAUCAAACAGCCCCCAAACCAGGGUAUAGUCAGGGGGUAACAUCAUACACCCAGACCCAGCAGACUCGUCAAGUGACUGUGAUAAAGCCAGCUGCACCCAGUCCUGCUACAUCCUCUUUUUCCAUCUACCCUGUGACCUCCACGGUCCAGCCUGUGGCUGCUGCAGCUUCUGUGGUCCCAUCAUAUUCCCAGAGUCCCACUUACAGCACAAAUGCUGUCACCUACUCUGGAACUUCAUAUUCAGGAUAUGAAGCAGCAGUCUAUUCAGCAGCCUCAAAUUACUACCAGCAACAGCAGCAGCACCAGAAGCAGGCGGUGGCAGCUGUGGCUGCAACUGCAGCAUGGGCCGGGAACACUUUCACAAAGAAACCUCCUUUUCAGAGUAAGCAGCUCCGACCCAAGCAGCCACCAAAACCCCCCCAAAUACACUAUUGUGACGUCUGCAAGAUCAGCUGUGCUGGUCCUCAGACUUAUAAGGAGCACCUGGAAGGCCAGAAGCACAAGAAGAAGGAAGCAGCACUGAAGGUUUCGCAGAACAGUACCAGCAGCAGUGGUAGUGGUGGUGGGUUAUUGGCCCGAAGUUCUCAGAACCAACUCCGCUGUGAGCUUUGUGAUGUUUCAUGCACCGGUGCAGAUGCUUAUGCUGCCCAUAUUCGGGGAGCCAAGCAUCAGAAGGUUUUGAAGCUUCAUACCAAACUCGGAAAGCCCAUUCCCUCGACUGAGCCCAGCAUGGUGACUCAGACAUCGUCCUCAAGCACAUCUGCCCCAAGCAAAACCAUCACUUCAACCUCUAGCAGCAGCUCUCUCGGUGUGGCAGCAUCUUCAUCCAGUGCUACCUACCUAAAACCUGUCAACCUGGUCAGCAGUAGCGUAAUUGGUGCCAAGAACCAAUUAGUGAGUAAUUUGUCUGCUGCCAACUCUACCACACCUGGGAAGAAAGUCAACACACCCAAGAUCAAUUUUGUUGGUGGAAAUAAAUUACAAACCACAGCGAAGACUGAUGAGUGCAAAGGCGAGGCCCCCAAGACUGCAAUGUCCUCCUCGGGUGCUCUAGAUGUCAAAACAGAGGUUUCUGAAUCUCUUUCCACAUCGGCCCUGGCUGCACUACAGAGUGACGUUCAGCCUGUUGGCCACGACUAUGUCGAAGAGGUCCGAAAUGAUGAAGGCAAAGUCAUCCGCUUCCAUUGCAAGCUCUGUGAAUGUAGUUUCAAUGAUCCAAAUGCAAAGGAGAUGCAUCUAAAAGGACGUAGACAUCGCCUCCAAUACAAGAAAAAGGUGAACCCAGAUCUGCAGGUGGAGGUAAAGCCCAGCAUCAGAGCAAGGAAGAUUCAAGAAGAAAAAAUGAGAAAGCAGAUGCAGAAAGAGGAAUACUGGAGAAGACGGGAUGAAGAGGAACGUUGGAGAAUUGAAAUGCGGCGAUAUGAAGAGGACAUGUACUGGAGACGUAUGGAGGAAGAACAGCACCACUGGGAUGAGCGCCGCCGUGGACCAGAUGGAGGGUAUCCACAGGGUCCACCUGGCCCGCCGGGUCUACUUGGAGUCCGACCUGGUAUCCCAGGUUUACAGCCACAGGGUCCUCUGCCCCCACGCCGACUUGACUCCUUAGAUGACCGCUAUGUUAUGACCAAGCAUGCUUCCAUCUACCCUUCGGAGGAGGAGCUGCAGUCUAUUCAGAAAAUUGUGUCAAUCACAGAGCGUGCCCUCAAAUUGGUUUCAGACAUAAUAACAGACGAGGACAAGGUCAAGGAAGAUGAUGACAAAGAAAAGAAAGAACCAUCAAAAGAUAGGUGUGACAUCGACAGAGCCCUGAAGGGUGUGAUGAGGGUGGGAGUCCUGGCAAAAGGGUUGCUUCUUCGUGGGGACAAGAAUGUCAACUUAGUCCUGCUCUGCUCAGAGAAGCCCACCAAGAGUCUCUUUACACGGAUUGUGGAGCUUCUCCCCAAACAACUUACAAUAGUAGCACCUGAAAAAUAUGAUGUUAAAGGGUCUCUCCAAGAAGCAGCCAUCAUUCUUACAUCCUGUACAGAACCAAAGAUGCAAGUGACCAUCACUUUGACUUCACCUGUCAUCAGAGAGGAAAAUGGCCAGGAUGGAGAUGUAACUUCGGGUUUGGUGAAAGACCCAGCGGACGUCUUGGACAGGCAAAAAUGCCUUGACGCUCUGGCUGCUCUGCGCCACGCUAAGUGGUUCCAGGCUAGAGCAAAUGGACUCCAGUCAUGUGUGAUCAUCAUUCGGAUACUCCGAGACCUCUGUCAACGAGCUGGAACCUGGUCAUCCUUCCCAGGAUGGGCCAUGGAACUGCUCGUGGAAAAGGCCAUCAGUAGUGCCUCUAUACCGCUUAGCCCAGGUGACUCACUAAGACGCGUCUUAGAAUGCAUUUCAUCUGGGAUUUUACUCUCUGGUGGGCCCGGACUGAUGGAUCCCUGUGAAAAGAAUGCUGUAGAUACCCUGACAUCUAUUGCAGAGCAGGAAAGAGAGGACAUAACUUUAAGUGCCCAGUUUGCGCUGAGGCUGCUGGCAUUCCGUCAUAUUCACAAGGUUUUGGGUAUGGACCCUCUGCCACAGACGAACCCUCGUUUCGGUGUCAACAGCAGCCGCAAGCGUCGCCAUGAGAACAGCGAUGGGGCAGACAGCUUUGAGGGUGAAGGCAAAAAGGAUAAGAAGGAUUAUGAUAUUUUGUAAGCGUCACAGUUACGACCUGUUAAAAUGGAGGAGAAAAAAAAAAAAAAAAAAAAAAAAAGAUGUACUAACGUGUUCAAAAUGGGAUCCACCAUCACCUGUGUAUACUGGCCUAGCUCCAAUGUCAAGCUUUUUUCUUUGUUUUUAAGCUAUAGAUUCGCCAGUGUAAUUGCAGCCCCACUUGUAAUAGAAAGACAAAACUGUUUUGUGUCUUGGUUUUAGUUGUAGAUUUCUUAAUGGUUGGCUUCCAUCUGUACAUGUUACAGCAGUUUUUAACCUUUACAGUUAAAUUAUUAAGUUUUGUGACGUUGUCAAGUGUUUGUGACAUUGGCUUCCUUCACAAUCUCCUCUUACUUUCUUUGCUUGCUUUGAUGUGGUGGACAAAUAAUGGUUUAUUCUGUUGUGGAUCAGGAGGCAAGCAGUGAUCAGUGUCACUGCCUUCAUUCUUCUGUAUAGUUCUAUUCCAAGAUGGACUGUGUUUUUGCAAUUGUGACGCAUUAAUUAAUCUGGCCAAGUAACCGCUCUCUAGGGUCUUGAAAUAUAAAAUUGCUUGUAUAACCUUAAAUAGAUGAAAAAGGCUUUGAUUUGUGGAAAGCAUGGCUAUAUUCAGAAUGCAUCCUACAGUUUAUUGGAGUUGAAAAUGUGUUUGUUUUGUUUUGUUUUUUUCCUGGGGGAAAUGAGUUAGCUGUCCUUUUGUCUUGGCGAGGUGCUAUAUUCAAUGCUGGAAAUAACACAAAUCCUGUUCGGAAAGGGAAGGAUGGUCAUGUACUGUACUUCUCUGUAUGACGUGUUACGAAUGCUUGUGUACAUGCUUCACAAUAAAUCAUUUCCAGAUUAAA